AUGGCACCUUUAGGGCAGAUCUGCUCCAAUUGGGCUCCCACCAAUACCGACUGCAAAAAGAGUGGCAAGUAUGGUUGCAGUAAUUGUCAAUUAGUCACUUACUGUGAUGCGUCAUGCCAGAAAGCGCACUGGCCCCUACACAAGGUCGCGUGCAGGUCACUCUUGCGCAAAGAGACCUGGCAGCCGGCUUGGGUUGUUGAAAGCCGAACCCCAGAAUUUAUCGGUGCGGGACUUGGAGCCGUGUUCGGCAACAAGAAAUAUCUCUGGGGCAAUGUCCCUGCCUUUGAUUUGUUACGGCUGGAUGCAAACGAAGGAAGUGAAUACGGUGGCGACCUUCGUAUUCUGUGUGCUGCAUCGGGCGACCUCCGCCAUAUUGUCAAAACCAUCGCCGAAUUGCCGAGCAGUUACAACGGCUCAGUCGAGAUGACCUUGAAUGACCGAGAUUUUGACAUUGUAGGGCGCAAUAUUAUUCUGCUUCUGAUUGCCAUGGUGGUCGAGGAUAUUGACACAGUAUCAGAUUCCAUGAUUCACCUCUGGUACUCAGCACUCGUCCGCGAGUCGGAUCUGAAUAUCUUACAGCAGCAGCUUCGCCCCCUAAUCGUUGAUGUCUGCACGAAGAUUGCGGACAAAUCCCCCGCUACUCUUCAUGGAAAGACAUGGACCUUUGGGCAGCGCUCGGUCAGGGUCGUACUUCAAAAAUCGUCAUGGAGCCGUCUUCUGUCAUUCCUUGACGUGCCUGCCGGUCUAGAUAGUCACCAAGCGCAGACAUGCCGCGCAAAUACCACUCUAGCCGAAUCAAGGAAGGAUUAUCGAGAUCGAUACAUGUGUUUAAUCCCUAGUUCUCAACGAGUCCCCUUCAGCAGGUUCCGCGAGGAUGGCCUCCUUCUCCCGUUUGGUUUCCCCAGACAUGACUUUCAAGUACCUAAUCCGACCUUUUUUCAGGACACAAAAACGUGGCCGAUGCCAGACAAUGCAGACCCUAGGCACGGGUGGCCUGCAGAGGACGUCACAAGUACACCCUCUGGCGCAGCUCGUGCCGAUAUAUACGGGAAGCUGUAUUUCUAUCUGCGAAAAAUGCUAACAUCAUUCCUGGCUCGCCUCCGCAGCCUCGAAAAGGCCUUGUUCAAGUUCUUUGAAGUCGACGUGGCUGCUCUUCCUGACGUUCUCGGGCCGGCCUCCUUCGCUCGAAUUGAUGUCUCCAAUAUAUCGGAUUAUGGCUGGGUAGGCAUCCACCGUACACUGGCCUAUACGAUCCCGCUACUUCAGAGCACGGUCGAUAAUCCGCAUGCGACGCUGAUAACCCUCUUCAUGAACGUGGUGGAUGAAACCAUGACAGAUGAAGACAGGAUUCGAGAUAUGACGCAAAACAGCGCAUCGUCGCAAAGGCUCCUGCAGUAUCUCCCACCCAGCGGGAGUGUCGUUUCUGAGUAUGAUCCGAAGAUUGUGAAAUUUAAUAUGGGGCGAGAUCUGGUCACGGAGUAUGACUCUGUAUUUAACAGAUAUUGUGAUGAACUCGAGUUCCGGAAAGCGGGCGAACUUCUGGGUGCUGUUGUGAAGGUAAACCAUACGAUAAUUGACAAGUGGCCGUACAGGUUGAAGUUGCGACCCGGGCAAACGGGCGCCGAGGAGGAGUUUGGUCGGUGCUUGAGUAGUGGGCUGUCUAGUGAAGAGCGAUAUGUAGAGUGGAGGAGGACUUACUAG